AUGACGACUGCCGACUGGCGCCGCUGGUCUGACCUCUGCGUCGGCCGCCCCAUGGACGCCCAGGACAGUGCGACGUGGUGCUGCGCCCUUCCUGAUGGUACCCGCGCCUGCGCUACGUUCGCGCACGGAGCCGUCAUCCGCGGCUCGAUCACUGGUGCAGCCGCCUCCAAGCCGACCAUCGACAUGCAACGCUGGGGACCGUUUGCAUCUCUUGAAGCCUUAGCCCUCCGAGACGUCGCCGUGGCCCUCGAGCAAUGGCCUGUCGCCGCACUGCGCAAUCUAUCCGUUGCUGCUUGCAACCUCACGACACUCACGGCGCUGCCGCCGUUGGUCCGUGUUUUGAGCCUCACAGACAACAGCCUCCCGAGCUUUCCUGCCGCAUGGCUGCUUGCCGCCUCGGCCCAGCUCCAGUCCAUGACAUUGCAACGAAAUCAGUUUGGCCUCGCCACGUCCUUUCCCGUGACGACGAUCCAGUGCUACGGUCUGGACGCGGCGAUGACGUCCGGCGUCAUGGACAGUCCAUCGUUGGCGUGCAGGAGUUGCACCACUGCGCCGUUGUGCAGCGACUCGAUGGCGGCUACCGUCGUACAGCUCUUGUCGAGCGACGAGGCCGGCAGCCGCAGCAGCGGCGGGUCCGUCGCCCUCCUCGUCAUCAUUCUCGUGGUGGUCAUUACCGCGCUCUUGGUCGUCUUUUAUUGCAUUCGGCGCCGGUACCGUGCCGCUGUCGCGACGCGACCCUCGGACGACACGCCGAUCAUGGCCCAACCCGUCUACUUGGCGUCCGACCGGAACCUCGGGUCGACGCGCGGCCCGUUCCAGCUCAUCUCCGAGUCGUUUCGGGGGUUUGGCUCGACCAAGUCGCUCAUGUCGUCGCCAGGCACGACGACCGAUGAGUCGCAGACGUCGCCGGACGCCGGUGCGCUGGGCCACCUCCAUUUGACGAGCCGGGGCAUGACGCUCAAGGCCCACACGGUGCACAAACUCCCGAUUCUGCAGCCAAAAGACAUCAAGGUGAUUUUGCCCAUCUCGGCCAAGUGCUCCAUGUGGAUCGGCCGGUUCAAAGGCCGCGAGGUCGUCAUGAAGCGCGUGCACGCGCAAGAGGUCGGCGACGCCAAGAUCCAGACGUUCGUCGCCGACGUCAACGCGAUCGCGCAGCUCAAGCACCCGCACAUCCUCCGCCUGUACGGCAUCGCCCGCAUGAACGACUUUGAGCUCUGCGUCGUGGCCGAGCUCAUGAGCAUGGGGUCGCUGGCGCAGGUGCUGCAGACGACGAGCCUGCCGCUGACGUGGCCGCAGCAACUCUGCCUCGCCUGGCAAGUCGCGUCCGCGGUGGCAUAUUUGCAUACGACCGACGACAACCACCCGCGGCUCUGGACGCUCACGUCGCACCACGUGCUCGUCAACACGCAGCUCGUGUGCAAGCUCAACGUCUUUGACUUUAUGGCCAACUACGAACACGUCGACGCCACCGUCGGCAUUUCGUUUGGCAGUCGCACGCUGGCGUUCGAGGCGCCCGAAGUGCUCAGCAAAGGCGCGCCGCGCGGCCACGCGACCGACGUCUUUGCCCUCGGCGUCAUUCUGAGCUCGAUUGCGACGCGCCAGCACCCGUACCAGAGCGCGAUCGAGAAGCUCGGGCACGUCGGCAGCGACGUCGAGAUCCUCUGCCGUCUCCCGACCGCCAUGCCGCACGAAGACCACGAGACCUUUCUGCGCGCACCGGACGCCUUCCAACAACUCGUGGCGGCUUGUUUGGACUGGGACCCGUGCAUGCGUCCGACGGCCAUCUCCGUCGUCGCCACGCUCCGCGGCCUCCUCGAUGCCACCCAGGCAGCACUACCGCCGCCAGCCGCCACGCCAGCCGCUACAGACGUCUAG